GUAAUUCUCGGAAACGAAAACGGUAAAAUUAUCUAGAAACGGUAUCGGAAACGGUAAUGCAAUUUUUCCGACCGUUUCGUCGGAUUCCGUAUUCGGCGAAAAUUUCUCGAAAUUUCUGGAAAAAUUCCGAAAGCCCAACAAGCCAUGUCCCAACUCCUUGUUCACAGGAAAAUUUCGUAUUGGGCUGGCCCAUUAACUCUAACCCUAACACGCAUGCACGCAGCACGCUGCAGCACGCACGCGCGCACAACACAAUUGCACACCACACACGGUCUCGCGAGCCAGGCAGGAGACGCCGAGACGCCGCCGCCGCUGCACACCGCACGGACGCGGGGCGCACCGCCGCCAGACACGUCGCCGCCGUGCCACCACCGCCGGCCGCCGCCGCGCCGUCUGCCGCUCCACGUGGCUGCGCCGCCGGCCGCCGCCGCUCCGUACGCCAUCGCUCAGCCGCUGCUCCGCAGCUCCUCAACGUGGCUGCGUCGUCGGUCGCCGCAACAUCGCUACUCGGAGCCGUUGCCCGUCGCUGCUCGAAGCCGGUCGCCCAUCGCUGCUCCUGCUGGUACUCCGUCCACGACACCGCCGUUGCUCGCCUGAUCUGCAGGACCACGCCGCCGUCGCUCGCCUCUACAGCGCCGCCUCUCCGCUCGUCUGAUGUUUCUUUGCUAAUCUAUCAACUCAGCUGGUGUCUCAGGAGCUUCUUCAACGAGUACUAUUCAAAUUCGUCACAUGUGUUGCGAAUUGUGAGUGGCAAAUUCGUGAUCCACAGAACGGCGGCCCAGGCCCAUCCCGAACCACCAAAUCGCCUUCGAGACUUUUCUACACUUCUUCUCGCCGCCGAAACCAAGCAACACCUCUCACCUCGCCACCGCCGCCUCGCCAUGUCGGUGACGCUGCACACGAACCUGGGGGACAUAAAGUGCGAGGUGUUUUGCGACCAAGCGCCCCGAACGGCGGAGAACUUCCUGGCGCUGUGCGCGAGCGGGUACUACGACGGCACCAUCUUCCACCGCAACAUCAAGGGGUUCAUGAUCCAGGGCGGUGACCCGACGGGCACGGGGAAGGGCGGCGCGUCCAUCUGGGGGAAGAAGUUCGCCGACGAGUUCCGGGAGUCGCUCAAGCACAACGCGAGGGGGAUCAUGUCGAUGGCGAACAGCGGGCCCAACACCAACGGCAGCCAGUUCUUCAUCACCUACGCCAAGCAGCCGCACCUCAACGGCCACUACACCGUCUUCGCCAAGGUCAUCCAUGGCUUCGAGGUGCUCGACCUCAUGGAGAAGGCGCAGACCGGCGCCGCCGACCGCCCCCUCGCCGAGAUCCGCCUCAACCGCGUCACCAUCCACGCCAACCCUCUCGCCAACUAAUCUAGACACUCCUUCUGUAAUCUCAGAUAUGGAUCAUCUCAAUCUUCCUGUAACAACUCUGUUCGGAUUUGGCUUGUGGUUGUCUUAUCUCUUAUUUAUGUUCAUCAAUUAAUCUAGCCAGCUGAUAGAGUCUCUUAGCAAUCGAAUUCCAUUAGGAGUAAUCCACAUUUGAUCUGCUUUAGUAGCCGUAGGUUCUGACGAUCUGUGUUAGCAUAUACAGAUUUCGUGAAUCGUGUUGGAAAAUCUGAAAUUACUCUGCAAAUAUGGAUCAAAAGCAGAAAAGGAAAGAAAAAGGUUUGGUUUGGUUUAA